AUGAACGAGCUUUCUUUAAUAGAACUGGAGAAUAUGUUGAAAGCGAUGGAAUUGGGGUACUGCGGGAUUGUUAGAUUCCAUCUCAGAAUUCAUAAUGAAUGGAAAGUUUUAGAUGACGAUGAGGAUGUUUUGGGUUUGGGCAGUUGGGUCAACAAGCACAAAGUGCUUGAUGUCUAUGUUGAACACACCAAAGGAGAUGUCCUUGAUCAGAGCCAAGCAGAGUCAAAUUGUAUUCCUACUACACAAUAG